AUGACGGGACAUGAAGACUGUGAUGAGUUGGAUGACUUGGGUCGUGGCUUCCUCCAGAGUCUACACCCAGUGAUUGAAACAUAUACUGUUGACAGCGAAUCCCAGUUUUUGAACAUAGUCAUUUCCAAGUCUCAAGCCGAUGAUACACCAAGCAACGUCCUGCUCUUCCACACAAGCGAGGAAAUCAUUCAUAAUAUUCUUGAUUUCAAAAAUUCCUUUUGGAAAUAUCUUUCGGCCGUUGACCUCAACGGCAAAUUGAUCUUGACGAAGAUGCCUACGAUCCCGCAUGGUACCCUUGGCGGUGAACUCGAUAAUAUCAUUUGCGAAGUCCUGCGACCGAUGGGUCUCAACCGAGCCCUGAAAACAUAUCCAGAAACUCGAGUCCAUGGUGAUGGGGAACGCCGUUAUAAGUUUCCGGAUUUUGGCUGGGGACCGAAACACCGCCCCCGGGACCAACCCGAUGAACCAUCGGUAGUACUCGAAACCGCCUACACGGAAAAUGACAUAAAACUCCAACCUGAUAUUCGAUUUUGGUUGACCCCUGAUAAUGGCAAUGCGAAUGUUUGUCUCACUGCCAAAAUAGACAAGGAAAAUUCGGAAAUUCGAUUAGAGCAAUGGCACCGUUUUCACGGAAGGAUUCGUCGGAAACAGGUGAUUUCAAUCACCAUAGACAGCAACAACGAGUUAGCUGUCAGUGGAGAUAAUCCACUAAACAUCUCAUUCAGUGAUCUUUUCCGACGUGAGCCAAGUCGACCCGGAGAAACGAGCGUUUCAAUUCCAGACAAUGAGUUGACAGAACUCGCCAGGACUGUUUGGGACAAUUAUGACAUUUAG